UGUAGUGCACUAUAUAUUGACUGUUAUAGCUGCAACAAUUUUAUCAAUCUAAAAUCCCCGAUUUUAUAAUAUAGAGCUAUUGCCUCUCUUUCCUGCUCGAUCUCUUUUAUCAGUCAUGGUGGGUGUAGCUGACAUUCCAGUGGUGGGAGUAUUUGUGGAAAAAUUAUCUGAAUAUACCGUUGAAGCUCUGUUUCGUGGCUUGCGGUAUAUGUUCUGUUAUAAAGCUCUCGUUGAUCAACUCAGUUCCGAAACUGAGAAGCUUAACAUUGAGGAGGCCAACAUGUCCAGGGAAGUUGAGAAAGAAAAGAUGAAUGGUAAAAUAAUUAAAGACCAUGUAUCCAAAUGGCAAGUCAAAGCGCAAGAGUUCCAGGAGAGUGACGAUGAGGUUUCGCCUUCAUGCAGCUGCAUCCCGCGUCUGCCCAUUCCUGAUCCCGUUACCCGUUUAUAUAUCGGGAGGAAUGCAGUGAAGAAGGCCGAGGCGGUAACUCAACUCACCAAUUCCGGAAAGGAACAUCUGGCUGGAGAGAUUGCAUACCUUCCGGAGGUUACAUUCAUGCCAAAACCUGGGACCACAUUCGAGGAGUUUCAGUCCAGAAAGGAUACUUAUCAGAAGCUCUGGGAGUCGCUUGUGAACGAAGAUGGUCCUCUGGUCCAUGGAAUCUAUGGAAUGGCGGGCGUGGGCAAAACUCGAAUGAUGGAGAACAUUUGGGAAAAUGCCAUGAAAGAGAAGAUUUUUAAAAAGGUUGUCUGUGUAAAUGUGGGAAAUGAAGACAAGGUAAAAAUGAAGUUAGAAAUGAAGUUACAAAACCAGAUUGCAGGCCUGCUAGAUUGCAAACUGGAGUCACAAGAUGUUGGAAGAAGAGCUUCUCAGCUGGAAAACAGUUUAAAGAAUGGAGGUAAGAUUCUCCUUGUAUUAGACGACGUAUGGCGGGCGAUUCACUUGGAUCAUAUUAUUGGAACUCCAUUUGUCGAUGGGAGUCGUUCCAAGGGCUCCAAAAUCCUCUUCACAUCUCGAGAGAUGGAUGCAUGCUUGGCUAACAAGUGCGAGCAUCCUGUCGAGAUCAAAAGCUUGUGGCCUGUUGAAGCUUUGUCUCUGUUCAAGAACACUGUUGGUCCUGAUACGAUUGAAGAAGUGGGCGAUGAAUCCCUGGUAAAGAAAGUAUGUGAUGAGUGUGGUGAAUUACCAUUACUCAUUUGUGCCGUUGGAGAAGCACUGAAAAGGAAGCCUCACAUUUCGUGGGAUGAUGCGCACAAACAGCUUAAGAACGGCAAAUUUGAAAAGAUUCCCGGAGUACCUCCAAAAGUAUAUGCUGGUAUUAAACUGAGUAUUGAUAAUUUACAAGAUGAUGAUGCAAAAUUAUGUCUUUUUCUGUGCUCUUUCUUUCCUGAAGAUGCUGUCAUCGAUAUGAAGAUGCUGAUCCAGUUAGCAACAGGCUCACUACGUAUACCAGAUGUAGAAUCCAGAGUGCUUGCUAUGGUUCACUAUCUCAAGACAUCUUCUAUGUUGCUCAACUCUGGAGAAGAUAAUGAAACUAAAAUUCAUGACAUCAUCAGAGACGUAGCAAGAUCCAUAGCUUUCACAGAUCCCAAAUAUGCAUUUUUACAGGUAACAUGCAAAUCACAGGACUUGCCUUCUAAUGACAAUUAUCAUUCCCGAAGAUUCUUACGAAUAGACGCAGAGAAUGAUGAUGUUCACUUCGACGAGCAUCUGGUAUGCCCAGACCUGCAUACCUUGUGGCUACAAAGCAACCUCCAAAUAUGGCGGGGACAAUACGCCAACCGUCCCCAACAAUUCUCAGGCGGCUUCUUCCGCAUAUUUGCGAAUCUCAGUUGUCUGAUGCUACAAAAGGUGAAAAUUUCUUUGGAGCAGUUCUCUCUUCAACCUUUAAGUAAUCUCAGGACGCUUAGUUUAUUAGAGUGUGACAUAGGGAACACUGAUGGUAGACUUUUUCCCAAAAGCCUAGAAUCUCUUUACAUCUAUAUAUGUAAUCUCCCAGAGCCGCUGGAUGUAGCAAACCUGAAAUGUCUUCGAAAGCUAGAGAUCGACAAUCAGGAUCCUGUAUUGGUAAUGGAGAAUGUUAUAUCAACUUUAUCCAGUCUGGAAGAAUUACAUAUAUCCUGUGGAUUCAUCUACAGCUAUCAGGAAUAUCAUUUGAAGCCCAUAGUGAUGGAAAUAAUUAAAUUGACUCAUCUCACAAGUCUCCAUUUUGAGUUCUACAAGGACGAGGGUGUGGAUAAUACGACUUUUGAAGGUACAGAUAUAUUUUCUAAUUUGGAUAGAUACAAUAUAUUUGUGGGUACAAACCUAAAUAGAUAUGUCGUUUUCGAUCAACACUGGAGACUUCCAUUAACGAGGUCGAUUGAGUUCAGGGGCGAUCACUCAAAACUCUGGGAAGGUUUGAUAGUGAGGGCUGAAGAAGUGGUAUUUCACAGCAUCCAUGUAGAAGUGAGUAGCAUUUGCAGAAGAGCAUGUUGGAAAAAGCUUGGCAUGGAUGAAUGUGCGAACUUGGAGCCUCUAGCAAGUGAGAAUCAACCGGCAACAUGGUUCUCCAAAUUAACCAAUUUAGAGAUUUCUUCGUGCCAUAAAAUGAAAUACCUCUUCUCCAGCAACACUGCAAGAAGUCUGGUACAACUGCAACAGCUCAGUGUGGAAAACUGUCAGUCUAUAGAAGCCAUCAUAAUGAAUGAAGGCCCAAGUGUUGGAGAACCCAUUAUUUUCUACAAACUAAAAUCACUCAAGAUAGACUCGGCAAGACUCGCAAGCUUCUACGCAGAAAACUCUGUCCACCCUCCUGCUGAAUAUCAGCCAUUUUUCGAUGGAAGGGUUGCAUUUCCUUGCUUGGAAACACUGGAACUGAUUGAUGUGCCAGAUAUACGUGUGAUAUGGGGAAAGGACUGUUGUAAAGACACAUUAUCCUCCUUUUGCGAACUCAAGUAUCUAAAAGUAAGCUGCUGUAGCGAGCUAGAAAUUUUGAUACCACAUGACGUGUUGCAUAGGCUCCGUAAUCUGGAAAACAUAGACGUAUCUUACUGUAACAGUUUGAGGACAUUAUUCGCACCUUCUGUCAUCGGUCAUCUCAAGCGUCUCAAGGGUUUAUCACUUAAAGGAUGUGGGAAGAUUAGAGAUAUUAUUGAGGCAGGUGAACAAGUGAUCACUGAUGGCAUCCUGUUCCCUGAGUUGACCGCUGUGGACCUCCAUAUGGCGCACGAGCUGAAGAGCUUUUGGGGUGACCAUGGCGCAGCUGCUAAUACUUCUCGGGUUUCAGUUACACUUCCUCGACUCUCAUCGAUUUGUCUUUACCACUUGUCUGGCUUGGAUAGUUUUUUUCAUAAUGCCAAUUAUGAGUUCCAUAUGCCAGUUAUACAAAAAGUGGAAGUUAUUGGUUGUGGAUUAUCUACUCUUUUCACGCUAUCUGUCUUCAAAAAUCUCGAAAAAUUAGAAAUGCUCUUUAUAGAAGAAUGUGAAUUGUUGAAAGGCAUCAUCAAGGAUGGUGACACUCCGGAGACCCGCGACAAGAUUAUCACACUUAAUCAUGUCUCCAGGGUUCGUCUUUUACAUUUACCAAAGUUCGAAAAUAUUUUCUGCAAUGGAACUUAUGAGUGUUACAUGCCAGCUUUGAAGUAUCUGGAAAUCGUUGACUGUAAAUUUUCUGUUCUUUUCACGUGCUCGGUAUUCCGGAAAUUCCAACAACUUGAAAAAUUACGGGUAUCUAGCUGCGAAUCAUUGGAACACAUUGUUGAGGAGCUUGGAAAUGAUGAAAUUUUUGAGGUGAACAACAAGUGCAUCACUUCCUCUCAACUGUCGUCAAUUAAACUUUCAGAUAUGACAAACCUCAAGAGUUUCGGGUGCACUUCGAACUAUGUUUUCAAUAUGCCCAGAUUACAGAAUUUUGAGCUUUUUCGAUGUCCCGAGAUAGUAUAUUUCAAUUCCUCAAAAACAAACACAUCAUUAGUAUGUGUUACUAGCGACUGGUGUACAGAAGAAGAUUUCCGGGACUUGGACGAAUAUUUCAUAAGACAGGAUCACAAAAGAAGAAGCACAAUCAGAGAGAAUGAAGAGGAAGAAGAGCCUCGGGAAAUUGAGACUGAAUCUUAAACUGACAGUUCAGUCUAGAGCCCAGGCUUGUACUGUUUUAAAUAUCUCCCAACAUCAGCCACAUUUAGUCAAAUGUGAAAAUUAGAGAUAUUUAUUUACAUUCAUGUAUGUUAUCGGUUUAGUGAGGAUGUUAUCAUUUGUUUGGAUUAUACAAAA